AUGGGGAAUCAGAGGGGUUUGGGGCUCGGUUUCAUUUUUGUAUUAGCUUUUUUGUUUUCCACCACAUUUACCUGUUUGGGUGAUGGAAAUGCCAGUGUGAUUUGCUCUGAGAAAGAGAGACUUGCUCUUCUCAAGUUCAAAGAAAGUGUUGAAGAUCCUUGUGGAAUGUUGUCAUCAUGGGUUGGCAAUGACUGUUGUCUGUGGGAAGGAAUCCACUGUGAUAGAACUGUUGAGGGCCUUGAUCUCAGAGGAUAUAGUGGCUGCUUCUUAGAUAGUAAUGAGGUGAACCCGUCUUUGGCAGAGUUGAGCCAUCUUAAACACUUGGACUUGAGUGCGAAUAAUUUUCAUAAAAGCCGCAUUCCAAAAUUCAUUGGGUCCUUGAAACAGCUGAGCUACCUCAAUCUUUCAUAUGCUGAUUUUCAAGGUAUUAUUCCUCCCCACAUUGGUAAUCUUUCUAAUUUAAAGGUUCUUGAUAUCAGUUCAUACGAAGAUGGACUGAUGGUAGAUGAUAUGGCAUGGACUUCUGGCCUUUCGUCACUUGGGCAUCUUGAAUUGAAUUCAGUACAUCUUGGUGGAGCACAAAAAACGGACACGUUGUUUUACAUGAUUCCUUCGUUAAAAGUGUUAAGUUUGUCAUGGUGUAGUCUUUCCAAUGCUGAUUUUGGUCCUCUUCUUAAUUCAAGUAGAAUACUACCCCACAUCAUACGCCUGGAUCUUGGCUUCAAUUAUUUUGAAGGUCCGCUCCCUGUUUUUUUCCAAAACAUGUCAUCCCUAUCAUUUCUAGAUCUUUCAUCUUCUAAUCUUAGUUUGGCAUGGAACUUAGCAAACCUGCUAAGCAUGAUACCUUCUUUAUCAGAGCUACAUUUGUCAGGUUGUGGGCUUGAUAACAUUCAUCUAUCUUCCCCUCAUCUUAAUUUCAGCAGACUUUCUAACAUCCAGCACCUGGUUCUUAGUGAAAAUUCAAUUGAAGGUGCAUUUCCAUCUGUUCUCAUAAACAUGAGUUCCCUAAGAGUACUUGACCUCUCGCAAAACAUGUUGAGUUCAUUGGCUCCUCUUAUGCCUAACCUUCUUGAUCUUGAUCUUUCCUAUAACCAGUUAAUCGGUCCCAUUCCUACAUUCCACAUGAAUCUUUCCAAACUCGACCUUUCUUUUAAUCAACUGAAGGGUUCAUUUCCAGAAUCCAUUGGAAAUCUCACAGCUUUAACAUAUUUGAAUCUAGAUUCUAAUCGGUUAACGGGCCCCAUCCCAGCAUCUCUAGGAAGACUGGUUUCAUUACAAUCAGUCCGUGUGUCGUCAAAUUUGUUAAAUGGGAGUAUUCCUGUUUCAAUUGGGCGACUUUCGAAACUCCAAUAUCUCGAUUUCUCUAACAAUUCUCUAGAAGGAGUAGUUUCUGAAGCCCAUUUUGCUAACCUUUCAAUGUUGAAGUACUUGGAUGCUUCUUCUAACACCAAGUUGACAUUCAAUGUAUCAUGUGACUGGAUGCCUCCAUUCCAGCUGGUAGUUCUUGACCUCAGUUCUUGCAAUAUUGUAAAUGGUUUUCCUCAAUGGCUUCGAAAUCAAAGGAAACUUGGGUGGGUAGCAUUGUCCAAAGCUUCAAUUUCUGGACAGCUGCCCACAUGGUUGCGGAAGAUGCCCAUCAUUCCUCGCAUAGAUCUCUCUCACAACAAACUCAAUGGGACUUUGAUGAACCUCCCUAAUGGGGAAACUUAUGGUCGGUAUAUAAUUUUGCCGGUAUUACUUUUGGAAAAUAACCUUUUCAGUGGGAUGAUUCCAAGGUCAUUAUGCAGAAGGACAGAUUUGGAAUAUCUUGACCUUUCCAGAAAUAGGUUAACAGGUGGAAUUCCCAAUUGUCUUGAGAACUUGCAAAAGUUGUAUACAAUGAUACUUAGCUCAAAUCGGUUGUCUGGUGUCAUUCCAAGUAGCAUAGCUCUUAAUUCGUUAUAUUGGUUAAAACUGAAUGACAAUUACUUUGUUGGUGAGCUUCCUCGAGAAUUGGGGAAUCUACACAAUCUAAGUAUCUUAGAUGUGGGUGACAAUAAGUUGUCUGGAAAUAUACCGGAGUGGAUAGGAGUGAAACUUACAUCUUUGGUAGUUUUGAGGUUGCAUAAAAACAACUUCACUGGAAGAAUUCCGAAGUCUUUGUGCAAAGCUGCAAAUCUUCAAACUUUGGAUGUUGCACACAACAACUUAAAGGGACCCAUCCCUCCUUGUCUCGGAGAGUUGAGUGCCAUGAUUAAUAAUAGUGGAUCUGGGGAAGUUGGUUAUUAUCUCGGUAAUGAUGGGAUUAUUGAAGAGGUCAUGAAAGGUGUUGAUCUUAAAUAUACAACAACCUGGCAUAUGGUUUUUAACAUGGACCUUUCCAGUAAUCAACUUGUUGGAGAAAUACCGGUAGAGCUAACUGCACUUUCCAUGUUAGUGGCUCUUAAUUUGUCAAAUAAUCAUCUCAUAGGGAAUAUUCCACACACCAUAGGAGACAUGGCGAAGUUAUUUUCUCUCGAUUUAUCUGGAAACGAGUUGAUUGGGGGGAUCCCUCCAAGCAUAUCAGCUUUGACUUUUUUGAGCCAUUUGAAUUUGUCACACAACCACCUGUCAGGACGAAUUCCAACGGGAAAUCAAUUGCAGACCCUGAUUGAUCCAUCAGUAUAUGAAGGGAACAAAGAUCUAUGUGGACCUCCAUUGCCUAAGACUUGCCCAAAUCACAAAGAUCCAACACCAACAACAACAAUCAAGAAGAAACAUGAAGCAGUUGUUGAGCAGAUUAAGGUAUGGUUGUUUUAUGUGGAUGUAAUUUGUGGUUUUGCAACAGGGUUUUGGGGUGUUAUUGGGGUUCUGUUGUUCAAGAAACAGUGGAGACAAAAGCUUUUCAUGUUUGCUGAGGAAACCAUGGACAAGAUAUAUGUUGCUGUCGUUGUAAGAGUUGUGAAGAUUACGAGAGGAAGAGAAGUUGCAUAG